AUGCCUUCUAGUACUCAUACAGUGGGCUUGAUGGAUGACGAUAGAAAACACGGUCUGGCGAACACUCAAAUGACUCAGCAUCAGGCAAAUGCUCAUGCCCCAGUGCAACCCAACACAUGGGAGUCUGCCGUCGCUCUUCAGAAUGCAGGAGAUGCUCAAUUUGGCCUGCCUCGCUGCGAUAGAUCACCAGGUACAACGAACGCUGAUCCAAGAUCCGAAGCUGAUGCAAUUGACGUUAUGACAAAGGACAUGCGAGCACUAGUCAAAAAGGUUCAGGACCUGCGUCAUCUUGGCAUCGAGGACAGCAAGAUUGCCCUUCCUAAAAUUUGUGUUGUUGGGGACCAAUCCACUGGAAAGUCAUCCCUCAUUGAGGGCAUGUCUGAAAUUAAAGUCCCUCGUAGUGCGGGAACUUGCACGCGUUGUCCCAUGGAGUUGAAUCUCUCAGAUAGCGACGGUCAGCCUUGGAAAUGUGAGGUAUCCUUGAGUUGCCCAUACGCGUACUCCACCAAAGGAGGUCUACGAAAGAUCUCAAAAGGUAACAGGUUUGGGCCGUGGUACCAGACCGAACAGCCUCAUGAUGUCCAUUUCAUUACGUUACAUAACAAGGAUCAAGUCCAAGACGCUAUUGAGCGGGCGCAGCUAGCCAUUCUCAACCCUCAUAAGAGUCCAGCUGAAUUCCUGCCAUCGUCUUCAAUGAACAUUGACGAUGCGACGACCCCCGUGAAGUUCUCUCCAAAUGUCGUUCGUCUUGAUAUCUCCGCUCCUGGCUUUCCUAACCUGGCUUUCUAUGACCUUCCAGGUGUCAUCAGUCAGGCCGAGGUCGAUGAAGAAGAGUAUCUCGUCGUCCUUGUGGAAAAUCUUGUCAAGCAUUAUGUCUCUCAAGCGAACUGCAUCAUUCUUCUUACGUUGCCGAUGACUGACGAUGCGACAAACUCUAGUGCAGCACGUAUCGUGCGUGAAAUCAAAGCAACAGGUCGUACCUUGGGCGUUUUGACAAAACCUGAUCGUGUUGAAGACAUCGCGCAAUGGGCUGACCUCUUGGGUGGUCGCAAAUUCCAUCUCGGUCAUGGAUAUUAUGUCGUUCGUAAUAAUCCAAAUCCCGACGUUGAGCACCGCCGGGCUCGUAUGGAAGAAGAGCAAUUCUUCUCAACUGAUCCUUGGACCACAACGUUGGCUACCUUCAAGCCUAGACUCGGUACACGCAAUCUUCAGAGUGCUCUAUCUCGAUUACUGAUCGAUCAAAUCAAAACCUCCCUUCCCGAAGUUGAAAAGCGAAUUCGUGAGAAGGCUCUAAGAAUCCACGACGAGCUUCGUGAACUCCCCGAACCGGUCAACCAAAACUCGUUCUAUAUCUUGUGUACAAAGUUACAAGAAUUGAAGAGCGCUAUCUCUGCUUGUUUGGAAGGUGGUACACAAGAGAUGCCGAUGUUAAAGCUGUGGAACCGGAUUGCACAGGAUUUCGCUUCUGCGGUCCAGCGUACAAGGCCUGAGUUGCGCUUGCUGACCGACAAAGAGGAUGUGAAAGUCGACGAUGAGUCUGACUGCGAAGUAGUAGAGACAAAAGAGGCAGUCCAUACUCCAAAAAGAAAGCUUUCACCACAAGAGGGACCCUCAACCGAUGCGAGGACUGCCGCUGGUGAUUACACAGAACAUUUCCGAGAUCUCAUAGGACCAGCUAGAACUUUCGACCUUGAGGAGAUACGCGGAAUCAAUGAAGAUUGCUCCAAUGGACCUACUGCUCAUUUACACCCCAAAGCAGUGGAGAGAGUGCACAGGUUCAGCGUCUUGCACUGGGAGAUUCCGAUGAAAUAUUUUCUUGAUGCCACAUACAAACAAAUCAAGAAGGCAGUCAUGGCCCAGAUCAAAUCAGUAUUGGUUGCACAUCAGGAGACGGAGCUAUAUCGCCAGGUCUCUGCGAUCACCCGCCAGUUCCUUCUUCAACUGAAAGGAAGCGUUAAUUACCAGGCAGGCCAGCUCUACCUCCUCGAAACCACCCAGUUUAUUGCAAAUGACCGCGAUGCUCUUCAGAAAUGGGGUGGAGCUUAUUACAGCGACUUCAAAAAGACUCGCAAGGAAAAGAAGGCCAUAGCUCUCUACCGAAGUCGUGGAAUUCAGCUUCCCUCAGACCGAGCUAAAUACGAGAAGACUAUUGAGGCAUUGGACUUUGGCUGUGAUCCAUUCAUGAAUGAGCUCAAGUUGAUGGCGGCUGUUCAUGCUCACUACAAAGUGGCCUCUUGUCGCUUCGUUGACAACAUCUGUAUGAUCAUAAAUAUGAAGUUGUUCUCAGAGUGCAAGGAGAAUUUGUUCAAACAGAUUGAGAAUGGACUUGGUAUUUGGGAAUCAGAUGCAUCAUAUCGCUGUUUGCAAUUAAUGGCAGAUGAUCCUGAGCGCCUCCAACGCCGCGAAUUCCUUCUCAAAGAACAAGAGAAGUUGGACCUUUCUCUCAAUUGGCUGGAGUCAGCUGCAAAGUACAUUGCACCGAACGAUGACGAGGAUGUUGAUAUGACUCAUGACCAGGAAACUCACAUCAAGUCAUGA